CGGCGGCGCGUGUGGGACGGUAACGCGGCCAAGAUCAACGGCAUCACCAGCUGGAAGCGCACCGGCCAGGAGGUGCAGAAGCGCUGGAACGACUUCAAGCGCCGCACCAAGGAGAAGCUGGCCCGCGUGCCGCACUCCACGCAGGGCGCUGGGGCCACCGCCGAGGACGCCUUCUCUGCCGAGGAGGAGACCAUUUUUGCCAUCCUCGGGCCGGGUGUGGUGGGGCCAGGCGCUGGUGCAGGGGCGGAGCAGCCCCCAGCGGCGCCCCCCUCACAGCCACUGGCCCCAAGUGCCUACACCCAACGCUAUGUGUUGUCCGAGGACCGCAGGGAAGACCGAGGGGCAGGUGAGUUCCUUAAGCAUCACGGUAGCAAGAGUCUGCUGUGUGCCUGGCACUGGUCCAAGCCCUCUAGGUGGCUCAUCAGCUUCUCACUACAACCCUGCUAGGGGGAUGCUGUCAUUAUCCCAAUUUUAAACCUGGGGAAACUGAGGCUCAGAAAAGUGAAAUGAUUUGCCUCGGGUUCCACCGCUAGUGACUGUCAGAGUCCGGAACCAGAACCCAGACCUAGGAGGCCUGGCCCCAAAGUCCACACCCAGAGUCAUCAGCUCAGGCAUC